AUGACCUCAUCCCCAGUCUACAUGACCUCGUCACCAGUCACCAUGACCUCACAAACUUUUCAUAUGACCUCACCAUCAGCCAAUGUAACCUCCCCAUCAGUCCCCAUAACCUCAAGACCAGUCAAUGCAACCUCACCCAUAGCCCACAUGACCUCUUUACCUGUCAACAUGACCUCAUCAUCAGUCCAUAUGACAUCACCACCACUAGUCAAUGCAACCUCACCCAUAGCCCACAUGACCUCUUCACCUGUCAACAUCACCUCAUUCCCAGUCGACAUGACCUCACCACCAGUAAACAAAGCCUGUACAGAUGUGUAUGGAUCAUCUUACAGACGCUCAAUUGUUAACUCAUUCACGAGUGGAUCAGUGGUUGUCGACACGACGCUUGUGUUCAAUGAUGACAGCUCAGUUCCCUCAGUAAGCAAUGCAACUACAGAACUCCGCAGUGUAUUUACGAGCAGCUCUACCUCCCUGAACAUUAUAUCAGGCACUGUUAAUGCAACCUCUUCUUCUUCUGCUGCUUCCACCGCUGCAACAACUACAACUACAGCAACUGCUACAACCACAGAAACCACCACCACUGCAUCAACAGAUCCUCCUACAUCCAGUGAAGGAACUGUCGACCUUAACUUUAGUCUCAACCAAACAUUCUCAUCAGAUCUCUCCAACUCAUCCUCAGAGGCGUAUCAGAUUUUAGUCGCAAAGGUGGUCAAAGAGCUAAACGGAGUGGGUGCAAAUGUGUAUGGACCAUCUUUCCUUCGCUCCAUCGUUAACGCACUAACGAAUGGAUCAGUGGUUGUCGACUCGACCCUUGUGUUCAAAGAUAAAAACUCAGUUCCUUCAGCAAGCAAUAUUAGUUCAGAAUUCACCAAUGCGCUUACAAGCCCUUCUUCCUCCCUGAACGUUAUAUCCACCCGCGUUUCUGCACAGUCAACAUCAACAUCAAGCAGUCCUCCACGGCCCACAAUGGGCUCACUGGCAGUCUUUUCACUAACACUGCUGGCUUUGGCACAGAUUUUGAUGGACUUAUAACCGACACCCAAGGCAGAUGCACUGACUUUGUCAAUAGCUUA